GCAAGUUUCACUCGACAGAGAAACACAGUCUCGUGAAUUUUGAUUUUCUUUUCACCGGUUUGUUGAUCCAGAAAAGAGAUCGCACGCACGUCAAGGAGGCGGCAUUUUGCGAAGAAAACAGAGAUCAUCACUCCUCCAUUGUUUCGAUCUUCUUUGUUCCUUCAGGAGAAAUCAAGAGAUGGAUCCAAAUGCUGUUAAAUCAACUUUGUCUAAUUUAGCAUUUGGAAAUGUACUGGCUGCUGCAGCUAGAAACUAUCAAAAGGAAAUGUUGGAUCAAGAGAAGGGACAAGCUUCUAGUUCCAUUAAUCAGGAGGUUGAUCUUGAUGAUUUGAUGGAUGAUCCUGAGCUUGAAAAAUUGCAUGCUGACAGAUUAGCUGCUCUAAAGAAAGAAGCUGAGAAACGACAAGAACUUAAAAGACAAGGACAUGGAGAAUAUCGGGAGAUUUCUGAAGGUGACUUCUUGGGAGAAGUCACUGGAACUGAAAACGUCAUCUGUCACUUCUACCAUAGGGAGUUCUAUAGAUGCAAGAUAAUGGACAAGCAUUUAAAGGCCCUUACACCAAGGUAUCUUGACACCAAGUUUAUCAAGGUUGAUGCAGAGAAUGCGCCAUUUUUUGUUGCGAAACUUGCAAUCAAGACAUUGCCCUGUGUCAUAUUCUUCCGAAAAGGUGUGGCGGUUGAUAGGCUAGUUGGGUUUCUUGAUUUGGGUGGGAAAGAUGAUUUCAAGACGAAUACACUUGCUGCUUUGCUGAUUAAGAAAGGCAUGGUGAAAGAGAAAAAAAGCAAUGAAGAUGGUGAUGGUGAUAAUGAUUAUAACGAAAAUCAUAGGUCAAUUAGAUCAUCGGUGGAAGAAGAUUCCGACUCUGAAUGAGAGGUUGCUCGGGUAAUCUCUGAUAUUUUUCUAACGUUAAAGUUUGUAUUAAUAAAUCUGUUUUCAUGACACUAAUUUUAUGAUUUGUUAGUAAUGAUUAUUUUAUUGGUUUCAUAUUUCAUGUUUGUUAUUUUAACUUUUUUUUAAGAACAUGGUAUGUGCUAGUUUCUUUUUACUUGUUUU